AUGGCUGCCGUCUUCCGCUCCAGCUUGAGGCUCCGCCCGACGACGCGCCUGUCGGCCGUCCGCACUCUCACCACUACUCCGCACAUGCGCGCUGCGGAGAAGCCUUAUUUCCCCGAUGAGCCUUCUGCUCCCAAGCUGGCCACGGCCAUUCCUGGCCCCAACAACAAGGCUGCUGCUGAGAAGCUCGACAAGGUCUUCGAUGUGCGCAGCUUGAACAUGCUCACUGAUUACUACAAGUCCAACGGUAACUACAUUGCUGAUCUCGAUGGAAACGUGCUUCUCGAUGUCUAUGCUCAGAUUGCCUCCAUCCCCGUCGGCUACAACAACCCCCACCUCCGCAAGGUGGCAGAGUCCCCCGAGAUGGUCAAUGCUUUGAUCAACAGACCGGCUCUGGGUAACUUCCCCUCUCACGACUGGGCUGACAUCCUGAACACUGGUAUCCUCAAGGCUGCCCCCAAGGGCCUUAACCAGGUGUUUACCGCCCUGGCCGGCUCGGAUGCCAACGAGACUGCCUACAAGGCUGCCUUUAUGUACUACCGUCAGCGCGAGCGUGGCAGCGCUGAGACCGAGUUCACCGAGGAGGAGCUGGAGACUACCAUGAAGAACCAGUCUCCUGGUUCCCCUCAGCUGUCCAUCAUGUCCUUCAAGUCGGCCUUCCACGGUCGUCUGUUCGGCAGUCUGUCUACAACCCGCAGCAAGCCCAUCCACAAGCUGGACAUCCCUGCCUUUGACUGGCCCCAGGCUCCCUUCCCCUCCCUGAAGUACCCCUUGGAGGAGCACGCUCAGGAGAACGCUCAGGAAGAGCAGCGCUGCCUGCAGGAGACUGAGCGCCUGAUCAAGGAGUGGCACAACCCCGUCGCCGCUGUUGUCGUCGAGCCCAUCCAGUCGGAGGGUGGUGACAACCACGCCUCCCCUGCCUUCUUCCGUGGCCUGCGUGAGAUCACCAAGCGUAACAACGUCCUCUUCAUCGUUGAUGAGGUGCAGACUGGUGUGGGUGCCACCGGCAAGUUCUGGGCUCACGACCACUGGAACCUGGAGACUCCCCCCGACAUGGUGACCUUCUCCAAGAAGGCCCAGACCGCCGGUUACUACUACGGCAACCCGGCCCUGCGUCCCAACAAGCCUUACCGUCAGUUCAACACCUGGAUGGGUGACCCGGCCCGUGCUCUGAUCUUCCGUGGUAUCAUCGAAGAGAUUGAGCGCCUGAACCUGGUGGAGAACACUGCUGCCACCGGUGACUACCUCUUCUCCGGCCUGGAGCGUCUCGCCAAGCAGUACCCCGAGCACCUGCAGAACCUGCGUGGUAAGGGCCAGGGAACCUUCAUUGCCUGGGACACGCCCAAGCGUGACGAGUUCUUGGUCAAGGCCAAGGGCGUUGGUGUCAACAUUGGUGGCAGCGGCCAGAGCGCCGUCCGCCUGAGGCCCAUGCUGGUCUUCCAGAAGCACCAUGCUGAUAUCCUCCUGGAGAGCGUUGAGAAGAUCAUUAAGCAGCUGUAA